CAUCCACUCUCCUAUCCAUUAUGAUAAACCCCCUGGAAUACAUUAACAGAUUUUAAUAUCCUUGUCUGCCACAAAAACCCCCUCAAUUCCCCCACCUCAUUGUAGGCAAAAUGGCCUCUGUUUGUGCUUCUUCUGCCAUUGCAGCCGUUGCCAUCUCAUCCCCCAGUUCCCAGAGGAGUGGAUCAGUAGUGAGGACAACAAAGGCUUCUUUCCUUACAGGGAAGAAACUUCGAUCAGUCAAAAAGUACACAAAACCAGCAGCAGCCCGAACAGUUCCGGUGUGUGCAGUGGCUGACCCCGACCGACCUCUUUGGUUCCCAGGCAGUACUCCUCCUCCAUGGCUCGAUGGCAGCCUCCCUGGAGACUUCGGUUUUGAUCCUCUAGGCCUUGGAUCAGACCCUGAGACCUUGAGAUGGAACGUACAGGCAGAGCUCGUCCAUUGCAGAUGGGCAAUGUUAGGAGCCGCUGGGAUUUUCAUCCCAGAGUUCCUAACCAAAAUUGGCAUUUUAAACACUCCAUCAUGGUACUCUGCUGGAACCGAGGAAUACUUCACUGACACCACCACCCUCUUCAUCGUUGAGCUUAUUUUCAUCGGGUGGGCAGAAGGGAGAAGAUGGGCUGACAUUCUCAAGCCUGGGUGCGUAAACACCGACCCCAUCUUCCCUAACAACAAGCUCACGGGCACCGAUGUUGGGUACCCUGGUGGGCUGUGGUUCGACCCUCUUGGUUGGGGAACUGGCUCCCCUGAGAAGAUCAAGGAAUUGAGGACUAAAGAGAUCAAGAAUGGUCGAUUGGCUAUGUUGGCGGUAAUGGGUGCUUGGUUCCAACACAUCUAUACUGGCACUGGACCCAUUGACAACCUUUUCGACCACCUCGCCGAUCCUGGUCACGCCACCAUUUUUGCUGCUUUCACUCCCAAGUGAGACAGAAUUAAGAGACAACCUUUAAGAGCGAUUAAAAUGUUGGGAUGACAAUGAUGAUCAUACCAUUCCAUACGUUGGAAGAAGAGCGGAAGACUUGUAAUGUUGUGGGGGAAUGUUUGUAUUAGUAGAAACUGUAAUGCCUCUGUUUGUAUUGUAGAUGUUAUAGUGAUGUACAAAUAUUUGUGUGGAAUUAGAUGCAAUGAAUUUUAUUUAUUCAGGUUAAUCAACAUUUAUGAA